AUGAGAACAAAGGUGCUUCAGCUUGAGCAGUGGAAGAAGUUGAUUGAGCAAGGAGGUUUCAAAAUGAAAAAGCUGUAUCUUGAGUUUCUGGAAAAACAUCCAAAGGUUAAAUGGAGAGUUUUUAUGAGGAAAAACUAUGCCCGGCCUAGGGCAGUGUUCACUAUGUGGCUGGCCUGCAACAAGCGGUUAGCAACCAAGACCAGACUUGAGAAGUUUGGUGUGCAAACUGACUUAAAGUGUGUUUUCUGUGAGGGUACUGAAAAUAUACAACAUUUGUUAUUUGAAUGCAGGGAAACUAAGGAGAUAUGGGAGCAGGUACUUAGAUGGCUUAACAUGAAGCACAAGGUACAGGGAUGGGAUCAGGAACUUCGUUGGCUGUCCAAAGUGUGCAACAUUAGGAAUUGGAGAAGCAACAUCGUGAAAAUGGCCCUUGUGGAGACGGUUUAUGAGAUAUGGAAGAAACGAAAUGACAAAGUGUAUCAGCAACAAUAUAAGGAUAGAAAUACAGCUCAAAAGAUUAUUGAGCUCAUUGUGAAUAGAAUAUGGGUUUACCCAAAGUAUAGGAAAAGAAUAGCUCAAAUGUUAGUAGCAUAA